AUGGAGUUUCAGAUUCCCAAAGAGCAAAUCUCUUACAAGGCCUCAAAUGAAUUGCUAAGCAAUAAGAUUGACUAUCCAUCUUUUUUCUGCACCAUCCCAAGUGACAAGAACCAAGUCAAUGCAUUGAUUCUGAUUCUUGUCUGAUUUAACUGGACCUGGAUCGCCCUUCUUGGUAAUGACAAUUCAUAUGGCUUGCAAGGAAUGCAAACCCUAUCCCAGCGAGCAACUACAAAUAGUGUAUGUAAUGCAUACCAAGGUGUUAUACCAGGUGUAACCAACAAGACAACACAAUACAUCAGAGACAUGGUCAGAAACAUCAUCAAAUCCAAAAUCAACACUAUUGUUGUCUUCUCCAACAAGAGGCGGGCUGCUGGCUUCUUUCCUUUUGUAAUUGAACAAAACGUGACAGGUAAGGUGUGGAUUUGGACAGAGGAUUGUUCGGUGGCAUCAAUAGUGCAUAGUAUCCCAGGGAUCAGUACGAUAGGGACUGUACUAGGGGUUUCAGUCAAAUAUACUGAAUUCAGUGGGUCUGAAGAUUUUGAAAGGCAUUCUGUGCCCUGGCUUAUAGACGUUGGACCUUCAAACAGUCUGUUCAACUUCAGUGUACCAUGUCUGCAAAAUACAGACCUGUAUGAAAUGGCAACUAAAGGCUUUUCAUUGGAACAGUAAGACAUUGUAUUCUCCUUCAAUAUGUACAAGGCUGUGUAUGCAGUGGCUCAUGGUCUACACCAGAUCCUGAACUGUGGCUCUGGAGAAUGUCAGAAAUCUAAGGUAGAACCAUGGCAGAAUGUGGUGGGAAGUUUCAUUCCAGAUCCCAUUAAUCUUCAGUUAAACACCUCUCAGAUUCAAUGGACAGGGCAGGUGUCCCCUGUGACUAAGGUAAGUCUGAGCCUGUGCUCUCCAGAGUGUCCGUAUGGACACAUAAAGCUCCAAACUGGACAUCACAGGUGCUGCUUUAACUGCAUAGCAUGCCCUGCUGCUGCCUUUCUCAACAAAAAUGGAUACACUAGCUACCAACCGUGUGUCUUAGAUGAGUGGUCUGAACCAGAGAAUGAGGUGUAUCAAAAGGGAACAGAGAUCUACCUGUCAUGGGAUGCUCUGCUCUCUAAAGCCCUGCUCAUAUACCUAGCUGUAACCCUGUUUCUCACCUUGAGCACAGCUCUCAUUUUUCUGUUCAACCUCAGUACCCCUGUGGUGAAGUCAGCCAGAGGGAAGACCUGUCUUCUGAUGCUGGCGUCUCUUACCAUGGCCUCCAGCAGCACGCUGUGCCACUUCAGCAGACCCUUGCACAUCGGCUGCCUCCUCAAACAGCCCCUCUUCAUUAUCAGCUUUACUGUUGGCAUGGCAUGUGUGACUGGGCACUCUUCAGGUAUAUGA